AUCAUCUUCCCCGUCCGUCGCAUUCAUCCGAUCCGCCCCCUCCUCUCCCAUGGCCCAUCACCCCUGCUCCACCAAUCUCUAGCGCCUUGCGCACCAGCAAGCUUCCAAAUCUCUGCUCUACUCUUGGACGGACAGAGAAAGGGAGGGGACCCAAACCAGAUCUUGGCAACACCACUGCUCCACCCAAACACAGGUAGAGUAGAGUAGAGUAGAGUAGGGCUGUGGUGGUUCAACUCCCUCCCAUGUUCAUGGGCUCAUAGGUGAACCACCGCCGCCCACCCAGGGCAUUGGGGCUUCUUCGUCUCCUCCCCCCCCUUCAAAAACUCCUGCUUUCUUGGGGGUUUUGGUUCCCGCACAAGGUCGGAGCCACGGAGAGGGGAGGGGUCUUGCUGCUACAACAGCUGGGCCUGGGAGGACGAAUCUAUCUUGGCAACAGGUGAGGGAAGCCGUCCUGUUUGCGCAUGGAGGCGGUCUCAAUGUCGCCGUCAACCGUCUCCUCCCACACCCACGACGACCACGACGCCGCUUCCGUCACCGAGGCCAUGUCCUUGCAGGAAGGCCUCCUCUUCUCCGACACCCUCAAGGACCUGAGGAAUCUGCGGUCACAGCUGUACUCAGCGGCAGAAUAUUUUGAAGUAUUUUACAGGAACAACUCGCACAAAUCUACUGUGAUGACGAGUUUGAAAGAUUACACAGUUGAGGCCCUUGUUAGCACAGUGGACCAUCUGGGUUUUGUGUCAUACAAGGUGGAUAACCUUGUCAGCGAGAAAGCUGUCGAGGUUAAGGAGACUGAAUUCCUAGUGUCUUCAGUUGAACAGAGGGUACGAAUUUGCCAACAGACAACUGACCAGGAGGCAAGAUCCCAGCAAGCUCUUCUUAUCAAGGCGCCAAAGUAUCAUAGGCGUUACAUAUUACCAGGCCUGGAUCUACUGGAAUCUUCCAUCCACCCGGUUUCAGAACCUCCACGGUAUAGCAGGCAGUAUACAGGCCGCAAGAUGCACAAGUCCCAGUCUUCCAUUUCUACUCCAGUUCGUCGGCAGGCUACGAUGAGGCGUGAACCAUCUCCUACACCUAACGAUCGGUCGCGGUCGUUAUCGCCUUCUCGUAAAGCACGAGCUAAAUCUCCAUCUCCUCGAAUCGUGAACACAAAUACUGCAAGAGAAACAAGGGCAGGCUCCCCGAUACCAAAUUCCAGCCCGAUGGCACGGUCCGCCUCUACGGUUGCAAGAAGACCGCCUUCGAACUCGAGGCAUUUGAGACUAGCUUCCAUGCAGUUGCACAGCGACUGGGAGCAGCAGGAGAGAAGCUCAAGCAAAGGCAGGAGGGGUUUCCUCAGGUCGCUGCUCACGAGGCGCCGGUGGAGGAACGACGAGUCGUCCUUGUACAGUUACUUGGAUGAGUACUGAUUGCUGGAAUGUUGGAACUGAAAAAAGUCUGGUGUUAACUGAAUCUUCUAUAGAUGGAUGCGAUGCUCUCUGCUUUGCCAAAA